AUGUUCUCUACUGCAAUCCGUCUCGGCUCACGCACGACGUACCGUGGCUCUCGCGGCUCGGGAGCCGGUGCCUCCACGCGCACCACUGCCUUCUCCUCGCCCAAAUCGCGCAAUGCUGCCGCCACCUCCGCCUCGGACGGAAUGAUCUUUAAGCGUGCCCAGCGCGGCCUGUACGACGGCAAGACGAUCCAGUCCGGUCACAACGUGCCCAAGUCGCGCCAGAAGACCGCUCGAACCUGGCUGCCCAACGUCCAGAACAAGAAUCUCUGGUCCGCUACGCUGCACAGGUGGUUCCCUGCGCGCGUGUCGACGUCCGCACUGAGGACCAUGGACAAGCUCGGUGGCCUCGAUGCGUAUCUGGCCAACACAAGGUCCGAGAAGCUCGGAGAGUGGGGAAGGGGCGUCCGGGAUCUGUUGGCCGUCAAGUUGAGGGAACAGCGUCUCAACGCAUUGCGCAAAAACCCCCCGGCCAAGAUCCAACCAUAG